AUGGACAAUCAGUAUGAUAAAAUUAAAGAAGAAAUGCACAAUUUAGUUGAGAACCUCUCCCAGAAGUUGCAAUCUGGACAUGUUUCUAUUAAAAAACUGAAUGAUGCUUUCCAAAACAUCGAUUCACUUACAGACAAAAUUGCCAAAACGAAGACUCUUCAUGACACUUUGCACAAACGUAUUUAUCCUACCAUUUAUCAUCUCACCGAGAAACUUGUUAUAACUCAUGACGAAGAAACAAAGCGAAACGCUUCCAAUACAAUAGCAGAGCUAGAAGAUAUUUUCAAUUCUAUUAUUGAUAACAUCGAAGACACAGCUGUAACAGAAGAAUUGAUUAAAGAUCUUGAAUCAAUUAGUAGCAAAUACAAUCAAACACAUGAUGCUAGUGAGGAUGCAUACAUAAAACUAAAGCAAGCAGAAAUUGACGAAUUUUUCGCAAGCCCAGAAUCUAAAUUUGAAAUUAAUACAAAUGGUGAAACAGAUCUUGCUACAGCAUUCGGAGAAAUAGAUAAUUUCUUCGAAAGAGAAGAAGCUAAAGCUAAACCACAAACCAACACUAGUUUUUCAACAAUUAUUGGUCUUGGAAUCACAGUUGGCGUGAUUGUUGGCGUUGUAGUUGCUUUGUAUAAGAAAUUCAAGCAUCAUUGA